CUCUGCAUUCCUACAGUACCGUGGCCCUGUCAGAGCAGUCCAGACUUUACAGCGGAUCACAUACAGGAGUAUCAGAUACAGGAGGAUUCCAUACAGGAGUAUCAGAUACAGGAGGAUCACAUACAGGAGUAUCAGAUACAGGAGGAUCACAUACAGGCGUAUCAGAUACAGGAGGAUCACAUACAGGAGUAUCAGAUACAGGAGGAUUCCAUACAGGAGUAUCAGAUACAGGAGGAUUCCAUACAGGAAGAGGAGAGGAAGAGAAGAAGCCAGAAGCCUGAAGAGACUGACAGAGAGUGUCAGAGAGAGGUGUGACAAGUAGAGAAAAACUCGUUUUUGAGUCAAGUCAGGGAGAGGAGGCAGGGGGAGCUCAGAGAGAGAGAGCUGUCCAAAGAAGUGGACGAGAGAUCAAACUGCCAAGACAUCAACAGUGAACAAAAAACUUGGUGAGAAAACAAAAAAUAGACAUCUACAAUCGGUUUGAGUAGGUUAAAAGGUACAACCGCCGUACAGUACUGUACUCGACAGCCGGAUUUGACCAGAACUAGCAUCGCCAUGGUGACCCUGGACACGCGGACCCUGACGGUGCCCGUGGGCAUCGUGAGAAUGCUGGAGGUGGUCCUCACCUGUAUCUCCUUCAGCCUGGUGGCCUCGGUGGGUCACUUCGGCUCAUCCUACUGGGCCUGGUGCAUGUUCACCUGGGUCUUCUGUUGCUUAGUCACCCUCCUCAUCCUCAUCAUGGAGUUCACCACCCUCCAUGCCCGGGUGCCCAUCUCCUGGGAUGACUUCACCACCGCCUUUGCCAUGCUGUCCACGCUCAUGGUGCUGGCUGCCUCCAUCAUCUACCCCACCUUCUUCACGUGUGUCUCCUGCGGGAAGCAGAUCGCCGCCACCGUCAUUUCCUGUCUGGCCUUCCCCUUGUACGCCACGGAGGUGGGCCUGAUCCGGGCCAAACCCGGCGAGAUCAGCGGCUUCCUCUCCACCGUCCCGGGCCUCCUCAAGGUCCUCGAGGCCUUCGUGGCCUGCAUCAUCUUCAUCUCUCUGGACCAUGGCUCCUACUCGCGGUUCCCAGGGCUCCAGUGGUGCGUGGCGGUCUAUUCGCUAUGUUUCAUCUUCGCCCUCAUCAUCAUCCUCUUUACUAUCUGCCGCCUGCUGUCGCUCUUCCCGUUCCCAUUCGACAAGGUGCUGACGGGCUACAACGUGCUGGCCGUGCUGAUGUACAUGACGUGCGUGGUGAUAUGGCCUCUCUAUAGCUUCCAGAACAACCACAGCAGACCCAACGGGUGUGGCCGCAACUGCUACUGGGAUAACCAGGUUGUAGUGGCGUUCAUGACCUGUUUCAACCUUGUUGUUUACAUUGUGGACACGGUCUACUCUUUCAGGCUGGUGUUCUUCGUCACCCCGGCUUAGGACAAAGGUCAAAGGUCACCCACCUUACCCAACCUGAGAACUGGCCCCGAAACACCUUGCCGGAUCUUAAACAACAGACUGAACUUUGCUUUUGUAUGAAUACAGCAAACUGUAACCAUGCUGUUUUUUUGGAACACUAAUUGGUAUUGGGAGAACGUCUCUGUAUGGUGGAUAAUAACCGUUUUACUGGGCAAGAUUACAUUGUGAAUGAUAAUGCUUCUUCAUUGAAAAAAUGGGGUUAUAGUACUGCUAGCAAUUCACAAACCAUGAGGUGGAUAAGAAUGUUCUGAAUGCUUGGAUCCGUGCGUAGAUUCAAUGUAUAUUUUGUCUUCCCGUCUUUAAAAUACACAAGGAACUCUGCAGUGCGCCCUACGCAGUCCACAUGGGCUGUAAUCAAAGUGAAUAGAAAGAUCAAAGAGCUGUUCUUGAUAUGUUCAUUUUAUUCUCAUAUUCUGUUCUCCAUUUCAUCUCUGUCUCUCUGGCCUUGAUUCAAUCAGUUCAGCGUUAACCCCCGAUAACCCACAACUGCAUAGCAGGUCAUUGGUUUUACUGAUUUCACAGCUCCAACGAUGUUACACCUUCGUCAUGGCCCAAAUAAAAACAGAUCUGCUAUGCAGUUGUCGGCUAUCACAUCUCUCUCUCUCUCUCUCUCUCUCUCUCUCUCUCUCUCUCUCUCUCUCUCUCUCUCUCUCUCUCUCUCUCUCUCUCUCUCUCUCUCUCUCUCU